AUGGACGACGGCAGUGACAAACCAAUAGCUUAUACAUCUCGAACACUCACAUCAGCAGAGAAGAAUUAUUCCGUUCUUGAAAAGGAGAUUCUGACCAUAAUAUUUGGUAUCAAGAAAUUUUAUCAAUAUUUGUAUGGACACCCCGUUACAAUCAUAACCGAUCACAAGCCGCUCAUAGGUUUAUUUCGAGAAGAUAAACCUAUACCUACAAUGGCCGCAUCUCGAAUUCAAAGGUGGGCACUGACGUUAGCUGCAUAUGAGUUCACGAUUGUAUACAAAGAAGGGAGUUUGAAUGGUAAUGCUGAUGGACUAAGUAGACUACCGCUGAAAACAAACAUUGAAAAGACACCAACGCCAGGUGAUACUAUAUUAUUAAUGGAACAUUUAGCCACUACGCCAGUUGAUGCUAAACAAAUUGAAAAGUGGAAACGCAAGGACACAAUACUAUCUAUGGUGCUUAGAUACAUUUUGAAUGGAUGGCCGUCAAAAUGUCCAAAUGAAGAAAUAAGACCGUAUUAUAGUAGGAAAAAUGAACUCAGUAGUCAGGACGGAUGCAUAUUGUGGGGAGGAAGAGUAAUUAUACCACAACCAGGACGUGAAGCCAUGUUAAAUGAAUUACACCAAGGACAUCCAGGGAUUACUAGAAUGCAAAAUCUAGCAAGAAGCUACAUAUGGUGGCCGGGAAUUGACAAUGACUUGGAAUUAACUGUAGUUAAUUGUUAUAGUUGUCAGGAAAACCGCAAGUUACCAGCAGAAGCACCGUUACAUCUUUGGGAAUAUCCGAGCCAUCCGUGGUCAAGAAUACACAUAGACUUUGCAGGACCAUUCAUGAACAAAUCAUUUCUAAUUAUGGUUGAUGCGUAUUCAAAAUGGAUUGACAUGCACGUAAUGAAUUCUACAACAUCCGAAGCUACGAUUGCAAAACUUGAACAAAAGUUUGCAACACAUGGAUUAUGUGAUCUCAUUAUUAGUGAUAAUGGAGCCGCAUUUACUAGCAAGGAAUUCGCCGAUUAUGUGAAAUCAAAUGGAAUUGAACAUCGUACUUCCGCGCCGUGGCAUCCAGCUAGUAAUGGUUGUGCUGAACGAGCAGUUCAGAGUUUCAAAGAAGGUAUGAAGAAAAUCAAAGAAGGAACUGUCCAGGAAAAGUUGAACCGUUUUCUUUUCAACUACCGUCUAACGCCACAAACAACGACAAGAUUGGCACCAUCAGAAUUGCUUAUGAAAAGGAAACUCAAGUCGCGUCUAGAUUUAGUUUUUCCAAAUAUCGAGAUGCGAGUUCAGGAGAUACAACAAAAACAAAAACAUUAUCACGAUAAGAAAUCUGUGAACAGACAAAUAAAUGUAGGACAGGGAGUAUUUGCCCGAAAUUUCGCAAUAGGUUCAAAGAUUAAAUGGAUUCCAGGAGAAGUUAUAAAACAAUCAGGACCACUUUCAUUUCAUAUUAAAUUGCAAGAUGGACGUGUCAUUCGGAGACUUAUUGACCACAUCAGAGUACGAAACUUCGAAUGCACAAACAAUGAAAAUAAAGAAAAAUAUGACAAUGACAGUGAUUUGUUUGAACCAGAAAUAACUAUACCGAUAAGUACUCAUGAGACCGAACAACCGCAAGUAGAGAAACCGUCAAACAUCACUGAACAAAUGGAACCACGCUAUCCGAAGAGAAUAAGAAAAGAACCAACGCAUUUAAAGGAUUUUGUGUUAAAAUAA